AUGGAGUCCAAGCCCGGCGCCAUGGAGCUGGAAGAGGUGAAACAGGGUGAAUUUUCCCGCUUUGGCGACCAUGAGAAUCAGCAGAAAUUGGCGCGUCGCAUUUUGCUGAAGCUGGACACACGGAUUCUUCCGAUGCUCGCACUGCUGUUUCUUUGCUCAUUUCUGGAUCGCACCAAUGUCGGUAACGCAAAAAUUCUGGGACUAGAGAAAAGCCUUGAUAUUACAGACCACCAGUACGAUAUCGGAUUGACCGUAUUCUAUCUUACCUACAUCUGCAGCGAGCUACCGAGUAAUCUUGUACUCAAAAAGGCUUCGCCUAAGCUAUGGCUGCCGUUCUUGACUGCCCUUUGGGGCAUCAUCACGAUGUGUCUCGGCUUCGUGAAGAACUACGCUGGAUUCGUCGCAGUUCGUGCUCUGCUGGGAAUUGCAGAGGGUGGCUUACUCCCAGGAAUGGUGCUCUAUUUGUCUACUUUCUACCGUCGUGGCGAACUGGCUCUGCGAAUUGGUCUCUUUUAUACUGCUGCUUCCCUAUCCGGUGCCUUUGGAGGCUUGCUUGCCCGUGGGUUGGCGGAGAUUGGCCCCCGUGGAGGUUUGGAAGGAUGGCGCUGGAUUAUGAUUAUCGAAGGAUUGUUGACUUUUGCCUGUGGUGCUCUCAGUUUCUUUGUUCUGCCCAAUUCUCUUGAAUCGGCAUCAUUCCUAACGAACGAAGAAAAAGAAUUUGGCCGCGAGAAACUCCUGCUCGAUAAUCCGAAGUCCCCAGAUGGAACUCUGGCGGCGGAGCAAGAUGCAUUCCGGUGGUCUGAGGUGCGGCGGGGUAUUCUGGAACCACAGGUGUGGUUCUCUGCCACGGCGUAUUUCGCCAUUCUCUCUGGCAUGUAUUCAUUUGGUCUGUUUCUGCCGACCAUCAUUGAGAACCUUGAUAUCGCCAAGGAUGCGAACGAAGUGCAGCUUUGGUCUGUUAUUCCGUAUGCAGUUGCAGCCGUGAUUACAGUGAUUGUGGCAUUCGUGUCUGAUCGCCUUCAACUCAGAGGCUGCGUCAUGCUUUUUACUCUCCCCAUCGCUAUUGUCGGCUAUGCGGUGAUUGCAAACAUCAAAAACACACACGUACAAUACGGGAUGACCUUCCUCAUGGCAACCGGCCAGUAUGCCAGCGUACCAUGUAUAUUAGUAUGGAUGUCGAACAACUCGGCAGGUCACUAUAAACGCGCCACGACGUCAGCCCUACAAUUAGCAAUUGCCAAUUGCGGAGGAUUUGUUGCGACCUUUAACUAUCCAUCUCGCGACAAACCCUACUUCCAUCGCGGACAUACCAUCAUCUUUGGUCUCUUGGUGUUUGCAUGGUUCAUGAUUCUGUUCAAUGUCCUCUACUGUGCCAAGGUGAAUCGGGAUAAGAGGAAUGGCAAGUAUGAUCAAUACUCCGGGUAUAAUGACGACCGCAACCCGGAUUUCAAGCUGGUUCUGUGA